AUGGAUGUCCCUGGAAUCGCAUUGAUCACAGGUGCCGCAUCAGGCAUUGGUCGUGCUUGCGCAAAGACCUUCACCAGAGAUGGUGCCUCAGGAAUCGCCCUGAUCGACCUCAACCCACAAGCCCUAGCAGCCGUCAAAGCCGAGAUUGAAGAACAGUCACGAAAGCAAGGCAAGCCCUGCCGAGUCGAGACCUACCCAACCGACAUCUCAGACGAGAACCGCGUGAACCAAGUCGUACAAGAGGUAGCCAGAACAUUCGGCCGCCUCGACUACGUCGUGAACGCAGCCGGUAUCGCCAUGAAGCACACAGGUGGCGCGGCCUUCUGCGAAACAGCAGACUGGGAACGCAUCCUGAACAUCAACUUGACAGGCACAUUCUUUGUUCUGCGCGCCGCUGCCCAGAUCAUGCUCAAGCAAGAGCCUAUUCGGUCUUCCUAUGAUGGCCGGCCGUUGCAGCGUGGCUCAAUCGUCAACUUCUCGUCUAUUCAGGGUGUUGCUGGAAUCGCGUGGUCGACUGCUUAUACUGCGACUAAGCAUGCUGUUAUUGGAUUGACUCGUACUGCGUCGGAGGAUUAUGCUAAGGAUGGUUUGCGUAUCAAUGCUAUCUGUCCGGGAUACACCGAGACACCCCUGACUACCAAGUCUCCACAGAUUCUGGCGGCGAUGAAGGAAAAGGUUGCCAAUGCUGUGCCUAUGGAGAGGAUGGGACAGCCGGAGGAAAUUGCCGAUGGUGUUGUCUAUUUGAGUGGUGGAAGGGCUUCUUUUGUUACUGGCACAGCCUUGUUCGUGGAUGGUGGAUACACACAGCGAUGA